AUGCGGACGAAAUUGAUACAGAACUCACAUGUCAAGAACCAUUUACGUAUUUUACCAUUUUAUCAUUAGACCCGGAUAGAGCCGAAAUCAAAAUCGGGUCAUUAGAUAUCUUCUUCUUCACCCGACAUGCUCGAGCUGUCUGCACUUCUUCUCUCUCCUCCGCCAAUUGCAACUCACUUUAUCUCAUACACGCAUACAUACAGAAACAUGGCAUCUUUGAUGUCGUUUCUCUCUCUACCUCCUCUCAGGCUCUCUCCUCCACAGCAACCCCCAAGAAUCGUCUCUUCGACCACUUAUCACACCUCUCCACUUGCGUCCAUGGCCGUCCAACAGCCAGAUAAACCCACUUCAAAACCCACCAAGACUCUCUCUCCUCCGCCAACUUCAGAAACUACCCCACCCACAACCACGACAUCGAACACCCUUCCUCCCAAAAAGGUUCUAAUUCCAAUUGGGUUUGGUACGGAGGAAAUGGAAGCCGUGAUAAUGAUUGAUGUCCUGCGCCGAGCUGGUGCUGAUGUCACUGUGGCCUCGGUUGAUCCUCAGCUUGAAAUCAAAGCUUCUGGCGGUACUAAGCUGAUUGCUGAUGCAUCCAUCUCGGCUUGUUGGAAUGAAACUUAUGAUCUUGUUGCUUUGCCUGGUGGAAUGCCUGGCUCUGUAACCUUGAGAGAUUGUGAGGUACUCCAUAAAAUUACAUGCAAACAAGCUGAGGAGAAAAGAUUAUACGGUGCUAUUUCUGCUGCUCCAGCAGUCACACUUCUGCCAUGGGGUCUCCUCAAAAGAAAAGAGAUGACUGGUCACCCGCAAUUUAUGGGCAAGCUCCCAACCCUCUGGAAAGUAGAAUCAAAAAUCCAAGUUUCAGAUGAGCUAACUACAAGCCGGGGCCCGGGUACUUGUUUUGAGUUUGCUAUAUCAUUGGUGGAGCAGCUGUUUGGGGAGUCUGUUGCUGUGGAAGUCGCAAAAUUGUUGCUAAUGGAUGCUACCAAGGAAGAUCCUAGAAAGGAAGAAUUCAAUGGAGUUGAGUGGACAGUUGGCCACACCCCUCAUGUGCUUAUCCCAGUUGCAAAUGGAUCUGAAGCAGCUGAAAUAGUUACAAUUGCUGACAUUCUACGUCGAGCAAAGGUGGAUGUUGUGAUUGCUUCGGUCGAAAAAUCUGUGAAGAUUUUGGCGUCGCAAGGCACAAAGAUCGUUGCAGACAAGUUGAUUGGAAAAGCUGCAGAAUCAAUAUAUGACUUGAUCAUCCUACCGGGAGGAUUUGUGGGGACAGAGAGGCUGCACAAAUCGAGGGUUCUAAAGAAGCUGCUAAAAGAACAAGAAUCAUCCGGCAGGAUAUAUGGAGCAAUCUGUUCUUCAUCUGAAAUCCUGCAUAGACAAGGGUUACUGAAGGGUAAGAGAGCAAUGGACAGUGCAAGAGUGGUUAUUGAUGGGAAAGUGAUCACAAGCAGGGGACUUUCCACCACUACUGAGAUGGCCUUGGCUAUCGUGAGCAAGCUUUUUGGCCAUACAAGAGCUUGGAGUGUAGCAGAAAGUCUUGUUUUUGAGUAUCCGAGGGAGCGAAAAGAUUAGCGUAAACUUUGAAGUUGCUGAGAUUCUAAAUGCCCACAUCCAAGAAACGUGGAGGGAUUUUCAUAUUCCCAAGUCAGUCAACCAUGGAAUGAAAGAAAGCUGUCAUUUUUGUGGUUGGUUAUACGAGAAGUAAGUCACUCUCCAUUCACCGGAAAGAUUGCAUGGAGAAUACAGAAUGUUCACGAGUAAGGGUUCAAUUGUAUUGUGCUGGUCAGACGACCUGGAAGUUCUGCACAUAUCCCAAGAUGAGAUCUACUGUGACUGGUUACUAAACCUUUGCUCCUUGUUAGAAAGCAAUGCAGAGUUUUGUAUGUGAUACCCAUCUGCUAAACAGAUCUUGACCUUUAAGGUACCAUUGUAUUUGCUACUACCCCGUGCAAUCAUUUAAAUGCACCCCUUUCCUUGAUGAUGAUGAUGAUGAUGCAGUUUCCAUUUAUCAACAA